AUGGUCAAACUAGCAGAACAACCUUCGGAUGUGAUGGUUGGCACAACUCGAAAAUUACCCGACGGAGGUCAAUUAGGAGAAGUUACAGAGAGAAUAAGUGACUUUUGUAAAGAAUUCCUAUGGACAAAUGCGAUAUCUAAUUCAAGAAAUUUGUCGACAUGCCAAAUUAAUCUUGAAGAAUUUUCACCGGUUUUAUUACAAAAUGAAGAAGAUUCAUUCAUGGCAUUAAGUCGUGGCAAAUUCUGGAGUCGACUCAGUCAGUCGGUAGACCCAGAGUCGCGAAUCUCAUUUGAAAAAAAGGAACAAUGA